UGAAAAUUGCUCAUUUCCGGUUCUCGUUAUAUUUUGAUAUCCUGUUGACUUGGAUAAACAGAUAAAUUUGUAUUGUGUUUUACAUGUAUACAUUAUUUGAAAACUAAUAAUUACAAAAUGUCUAUUUCGUUAUGGUGGAUUUUGAUCUUUUAUACUUUGGCUUGUUUGGUAGCACUGACAGAAUGCAGCAUGUGUCACAGGAAUGACUAUGAUGGAAUACAUUACUUCUACUGUCAAAACAGUGCCUGCUGUGGUUCUUAUAAUAACCAAUAUUGCUGCACCAAAACCGAAACUAUUGUUGGCGCCGUCAUAGGUUGCCUUGCAUUUGUUAUCAUCGUUGGAUCAAUUAUCACGUGCUGCUGUUGUGCGUGCUGUCCCGUGCAUCAAUAUAGGACACAGGGUACAGUGAUAACAACCCAUCACCCAGGACCUAACUAUCAGACAAUUCCGGACACAAACCCAUAUCCGCCUAGCACUGCACCAUAUCCGGAAAACGUUGGCCCAUACACGGCUCCACCACCAUAUCAAGUUUAAUAAAAACCACCAUGUGUAAAAUGCAGUGCUAUUUCUUCGAAACUGUUUUUAUAAUGUUAUCAAUAUAUUUAUAUAUCUAUUAUUUAUUAUGUCACGUGACUCUGUGUGUUAGAUGCCAGUUAUUAAUGCGGCGAGGAUAUGUCUUUAUUAUAUAAAUUAUGAUAAUUAUAAUUAAAUGUGAACUAUAUUCGAUAUUUGAUUCCUAAAAUCGAGUUUAAAUUUUUUUGCUGAAGACGGUUUUUGUAGAAUUAUAAAGCAAAAGAUAUGUAUUCCCGAACCCCUUUCUGAAAUAAAAAUAAAAUUUAGAAACUA